GAACGGUAACAUUGACAAGACUUCUUUUUACGAAACCACCCGCAUCGCAGUUAAACCGAAGCAAAGUUGAGGUGUCGAUUGAUAUUAGCCAAUUCUUACUUUUCUAAUCGAGUCAGAUGAUUUUAAUUUUGAAAUAAGCCAAAGAAGGCCCCGUGGAUAGUUGGACCACUGUGGUUGACGGAAACACGAGAGAAAAGUUGUGUAUGACAUCCGUGUUCAAAACCAGGUAGGAUGACACAGCAAGGGGGGCAAGAGGGGGAAGACGCUUUUUCCAGAAGAAAAGUAUUGUUUCCAUUCAAAGAGAUGUCAAUCGACGUUUGGAGAAAGCGAGCAUGAAAUAAAACGUGAGAAGCAGGUUUGGAGGAGAAAACGGAAACCAGAUAAAAGGCAAAUAAAUCUACUGCAGUGAUAUUUCGCUUACUGUGUGCAUGUGUGAGAAGUUCCCUUCAGCAUAAGAACCAAAGCAAAAGUUGUUGGAAAGAGAGAUUAAUUUCUUUUCAGAGUCCUAGCGUGAUAUCAAACAUGGUUGUUCUAAAAUCAAGCUGGAAGAAGCUUAUUUUAUGCUUCGUUGCGGGAUUGUGUUUAAGUGUCGCUCACUCGAACGCAAGACGAACGGCAGAUGACAUGACAGCUCUUCUGAAUAAACUCAUAAAAGGCUAUGACAAAAGACUCCGGCCAAACUUUGGAGGUCAACCAGUUGUAAUCACCGUUGGAUUAUGGGUAUUAUCAAUCGACUCUAUCAACGUUGUUGACAUGGAUUAUAAACUGGACUUCUUCUUAAGACAACUGUGGACAGAUCCUCGAUUACGCCACGACUGGAAUGAAACACUGGCGCUUGGUAACACUAUGAUGGAUAAGCUCUGGGUUCCAGACACUUAUUUUGAAAAUUCCAAAAGCUCAAAAUUCCACAAAGUUACCAUGGUCAAUAAGCUGUUAUCCAUAUCGCCAGAUGGGGGAGUCCAUUACAAUGCAAGAGUCACUGUGCGAGCAAGCUGUCCCAUGGACCUGCGGCUAUUUCCCUUUGAUGAACAACAUUGUAAUUUAAACAUCGAGAGCUGAAAUUGGUCUCGAUUGAGUGCUUCAUUUGGCUUUGUCAGGAGAUCAGGAUAUUUUCUUAUUCAUAUCUAUGCUCCUUGUGCGCUUAUUGUUAUUUUAUCUUGGAUAUCAUUUUGUAUCCCCCAUGAUUCAACUGCUGCUCGUAUUGCUCUUGGAAUAACGUCCGUGUUAACCAUUACGACGAUAUUAAACAUGCUGAAUACAGCUAUGCCAAAGGUAUCCUACGUCAAAGCGAUAGACUGGUACCUCAUUGGCAGCUUUCUUUUUGUGUUUGGUGUGUUAGUUGAGUACACAUUUGUUCUUUGGAUCGUGAACGUUCAUAAUAAGAGACUAAAAAGAUUAAUGAUCGAGCAGGAGAUCCAGGAAGCGGAGGAAGAAAAGCAAUAUAACUCCAAGAAGCAUGCGAUGAAUGGUAGCGUUACAAGCAAAAAUGCUCGUGGGAGCCAUGGUUAUAAUUACGAGCUUUUUGAGACUUACAGUGCAUUCAGCGACAAAGCAAAGAAACCCAGUUCACAUCUGUGCGAAAGAUCGAAAGCAAAGCGACAGGCCUCCUCUGACAUAGAGCAGAGACCGCUGACCUAUCCCAGAACUCCACAGUGCAAAGCGAGAACAGUUUGUCUCGACCUCAUUGAUCCGGAUUGCAUUGAUGACUAUGCUAGGCUGUUCUUUCCCCUCAUGUUUAUCCUUUUCAAUGUGAUAUAUUGGCUAAAGUUUAUCGUCCUGUAAGAGAAGAGAAGAGAAACACUAGAGAAAUUGUUUUAUUUUUCUAUUGUAUAAUCCGGCAUAAAGCCAAGUACAUCUUCUAAAAGAAGAAAGAAACAUUGGGACACUACUGGACUCCCAGAUAGGAUGUAAUUCAAAUGUCUGGUAUCUUUGUAAAGCUAUUUCUUUUGGGUGCAGUGCAGGGACCAUGUAUCAACCUAGCCAGAAAAUAUAAGAUUAGCGCGAGUUGGGAAAAUGCUCGAAAAUAAUCAGUAAUUUGAAAGAAACAUUUGAGAAGAGAAAAUCUUGCUCAAAUCGUGUUUUUGCUAUCGGAAAGAACUAAACUCUGGUCGGGACUACUUUUCAUGGACGUUUAAACUAUAAAUUUCUUCUUAAGAGUUCCCAUACAUUCUGCCUUUUGUCAGUGCACAUGCUGUUUCUUUUACCGUGGCAAUUAUUCUGCCAAAUUGGUUGUAAAUCUUAAUUUAUUUAUCCAGUGGUUAAAAUGUACACAUAGUUUACAUUGUCAUUUGCAUGUCAUUUGCAUGAUUGAGUGUAAGGAAGCGAAAUACAUAUCGCCUGAUAAAUAUCCAUGAUGAUGAUAAUGUUGGCUAUGGCAACGGUGCUGAUUAUUGUGCUCUCUUUCCUCUUCUUAAAAUUGUUAAUGAACGUUGAAUAC